GUCUGACUCAAACACAGCAACAUCGCAGGAGAAGCAGGGACAACAUCGAUUCACCUCUUUGAUUUGAUCUGGAAAAGGAUGGAUCUUACACCCGGGAGAGACGACUACCUGAAGGAUUCCAAGUACAUGGAUGAGGCUGUACAGGCUGCAAAGAGGAGUGAAGACCCCGAUACUCAGGUGGGUGCCUGUAUAGUGAACCAGGAGAAUAAGAUCGUGGGGAUCGGUCAUAACCAGAUGCUAAACGGCUAUGAUGAUGAAGAAGCUGAAGAUAAUAAACAUCUCUACGUGUGCCACGCAGAGCUGAACGCCAUCAUGAACACUAACGGUGCGGAUGUGAAAGGAUGCAGCAUGUACGUGACUCUGUUUCCCUGCAACGAGUGUGCCAAGCUCAUCAUCCAGGGAGGUAUAAAGGAAGUGAUUUAUCUCUCUGAUAUGUACAAAGACAGGGAUGAGUUUAAAGCCUCCAGAAGGAUGCUGGAGGUGGCAGGAAUUGAGCUCAGGCCGUUCGAGAGGGGGACUGAGGGGACUGAGAUUGUCAUUAAAUUCCAAUAACAACAGUUAAGUGUCAAGCCAACCGACCCAAGAGACAUAAAGGAAACGGCCCACUUAGGGGAGCUGCUGAACGAGGAGAGGAAGAGGGGAAAGAGGAGGAGACUGAAAGGGACUUUGAUGCCUCGUUCCUGCAGGUCUUCAGGUGCAGGUGCCCCCUGCUUUGUCCAAAGAAAAACUCAAGGGCACCUCGACUUUGGUGUCUUUUGAUAUUUUGAUUCAAGAUAAUUUUACGGUCUGUGGUGGAGGGUCUAUAUGUCCUGCUUUUUUUCUUUAAAAAUCACUUAGGGGUGAAGGAAACAGGGGGGCUGUUGAUUUUUAAUCUUUGUGGAUCAGAUCGUCUCAUGUCCAUCAGGGGGUCAGCCCUAUGUUCCCACAGCCCAAUGGUCCCACAGCUCUAUGUUCCCACAUUUCUAAAAAAAAAAAAAUUUCACUGAAAAUUAGGCCUUAUGUUCCCACAUUUCUAUCCAUGAGCCUAUGACGCCUCCAGAGGGCUGGAAAGUGACUCCAAGCAUCCCAGGAGCACCCCCUCUCUAUGCCAACCCGGCUUUCCAGAGGUAUUGAUGCACUGCAAACUAUGGUUUGCGUCCAGUUGCUGCGCUUCUUUCGACUGAUCUGACUGGAAGCUAGUCAAUGCGAGGCCUCUGUGCUACUUAGUUUAGUUUGUUUAUUUAAAAGGACAAUGUGCACUUACAUUAAAUGUUUGCAAUAAACAAAGAGAUGGGUGCACCAGAUUUAGCUAAAAGCUACAUUCCAUACGUAGUCCAUUGCUACUGGAUAAUAGAUUGGGUGUAAUUGGCUACCAAAUUGGAAGAAAGGGGGAUAAAAUCUGAUACAAAUUUAUGAAAAAUGAAAUGUGGGAACAUAGGCAUGCUCCCGUCUGUCUGCACAGGGGAACACCUGACACCUGCUUUUCUUUCUCCUUCAAACAAGGCACUUUGAAAUUAAUUUAUGGGACCUUUAACGUUAACGCUGGAAGUUUUCAGUAAAUCUUUUUAUUUUGGAAACGGGUAGAUUUUAAGCUUGCUGUCAAGGCACAAAAAGUGACAAAGUUAAUUUCCACUGAAUGUGAUUUUUGUUUUAUUGUUUGGUUUUAUGCAACUAAAGAUGGCCACACACUAGACGAUUUCAAAUUCUUAACUGAUUUUAAAAACACAGACAUACAGUUUCUAGGGAUUUUUAAUAUUAUAAUCCUCAGAACGCGCACACUAGACGACUCUGCCAGAGCGGGGGAGACCACACACCUGCCGUUUGAAGAAACGAUUUCAAAGAUACAAACAGACACACACACACAGGCUGCUCUCCCCCUCUGGCUCCACUGAUCCUGUCUCACACCUGUAUCGCCUCCUUUACUACCUCCAAUGGCGGCACAGAGGUGGGACCACUUCGUCCUCCAUUACACCUCCUUAACAUUCAUAGUGAAGGAGAAACGUCACAGGGGCGUAAAUAUCCCACCUUGAACAGUCAGUCUGAACUGGACCGGAGAGCAUAAAAACAUCGUCAACAUUUCAGUACUGAAUAGUUGUCAGUGUAUUUGUGUAAUUUAGACCGUGUGCAGGGUAUUAACCCGAAAUUCUUGUUCAUUAAAAACCCGACAUUAUCUGAUAUAUGGCCUGAGGAUGAUUAUUUUAGUUGCCAUGGUAUUGAAACAUAAUGAUAUCAUUUGAUUUUUACUAGACUUGUAUGGAAGUUAUGAUUCUGAUAUUGUGACAGUCCUUGUUGUAGUCAUGCAACUAAAACAAUAAAAUGAAAAAUUGUGUUCAU